AUGGCGGACCCUUCAAUGUACAACUUCUUCAAUCAUCAUCCCGAGCCGUCUUCAGCUUCAAAACCCAUCAAGAAACACCAUCCCCAAAGAGCUUUACCAUCUGCUGUUCCUAGGCUAUUCUAUUGCCAGUUCUGUCCAAGGAAGUUCUUUACUUCUCAAGCUCUCGGUGGUCACCAAAAUGCCCACAGGCAAGAACGAGCCGCAUCUCGAAGGAAGCUCCCCGGUGACCAUGACCAGAGUCUGUCCCCCCAACAAUACAACUUUCAGCAACAGGUUAACCCUUCUUUCACCAUUAAAAUAGACCCACCUAUGAAUUACCCUGGUGCUGCCGGUGCAUCGUAUCUAGACCAGUGGCUUGACCCCUUCCACGUCCAACACCAAUACUGCCAGUCUGCCGGCUUUGUUACUCAAGGUUUCAUCACGAGUCCUGUUUCUUCUCCCGAUACCACAUCACCGAGCACUGAUGUCGAUGAAUCUGUAAAUGUUGAUCUCACUCUCCGUUUAUAA